AUGGGAGAUGAAAAUCCGAGGAUUAUGUUCGGUGUGAUCAUCACCGUGUACGUUGAUCGUGAAAUGACGACCGUCCGAUCGUUACGAGCGAGACGGAAAAAUGAAAGGACGUGGAGGCGUGACAUCGGAAGGACACGUGGCUAUGAUCGGAGAGCUAAUCUGUUAGCGUACAUUCGUCAGCUGAGGGCUGAAAGUCUCGCCGGAGAUUCGAAAUGCGACGGCGUAGAGAGUGACAUCACAUCCGAACGGCCGAACCCGAAGAAAAAGAAAAAAAGGUGGAUACCAAAGAUGAUGAGUAAGUUCCGGUUACCGUUUCUCCGGCCAUUUCGUCGGAAAAAUAGGACGUGGAGAUAUCGCCAGUUUGUUCCAGAUGAAGAAGAAGGAGAAGCAAAGAGCAAAGCUUACAGUUCAGAUAUCUGGAAAAAGCUUAAACAUGUGGUCGGAGGAUUAUCGCGCGGCUGCGUACGAAGUAGAAGAGACUCAUGAAGACAAAACAAGAAUCAAUAAACGGACUUUUGUCCGAUGUUGACAGUAGGGAGUAAUUACAAUC